UUAUUUAAGUAUGAAUUAGACAGAUAAAGAGUGGACUCCAGAAUAUAUCUUUAAGUUCAUCUUAAUAGGAAAUUCAAGCACUGGAAAGACCUCUAUGUUAUAAUACUUCAUCAAUUAGACUUGUAAGACAUUUAUCAUAAUUUUGAUCAACUAUAAUAGCAAAAACGAAAGUUCAAUAAACUGUGGGAGUCGAAUUCUCGUCUAAAUUAUUGGAUUACAAAGACAAGAAGAUCAAGUUAUAAAUAUGGGACACUGCUGGACAAGAGAGAUUCCGUUCAAUCGCUAGAACUUAUUUUAAGAACACGAUUGGAGCAAUUAUAGUUUAUGAUAUUACGAAGUAUGUUAUAAAUUGAUGGUUUUAGUUAGGACUCAUUUGAUGCAAUAGAUGAUUGGAUUAAAGAUGCAAGAGAAAAUGGAAAGAGUGAUCUAGAUGUUAUGGUAGUAGGGAAUAAAAUCGAUUUGAAAGACCAGAGAGUUAUAAGUAAAGAUCAUGCCGAAAGAGAAAUGAAAAACAAAGAUGCUCUCUACAUUGAAACCAGUGCUGUUACGGGGGAAAAUAUCGAUAAGUGUUUUUAAAAUUUGAUUGAUUAGAUCUGCUAAAAAAUAACACAAGGUAUCAUGUCUUAUUGUAAAAUAAUAGGUCGAAUUGAAAAAGAUGAGUACAACCCAUAAUUAAAAAAUCCAUUAAACCAGAACCUUAAAACCAAAACCAGUGAAGCUUAAAGUCAAAGUUAAACAUGCAAUUGUUGAGUCUUCUAUAAUGAUUAGUGUGCA